AUGGCUGCGCAACCGGACAUCAGCUCAAUACUGGCAGCUCUUGGUAUGUCCAACACAAGCUCCUUCAAACAUCAAGACCUUGCCGGCAGCGCGACUAACACUGUCACAGCACAACAACAGCAACAGCCUCAGCCCAAUGGCACACCCCAGCAGUCUGCAACACCUCAGCACCCACCUCCUAACCAGCCCCCGCCAGGCUUUCCCCCAGGAGUUAUUCCCGGUGCGCCUCCGAGCGCGCCUCCGCAGACCUCGUACCUCCCUCAACCAUCCAAUACCGGUAGUGUUGACCUGAGCUCCAUUAAGCCGAUCAACAGCGGCUCUGUCAGCAUCGCGGACGCGAUCGCAAAAGCGCGCAACAUUGCCGGCGAGCGCGGCGUCCAAUCGUACGACCAUCGAGCUGCUUCCUCAACACCACGAGAAGAUCCUCGCUUGGCUGGUCGCGGCGGACAGCGCUCCCGCUCGCGAUCACGCUCGCCUCCACGGCGCGACAACUACGGCGGCAAUCCCUACCGCGAUGAGCGACGCGAAGACCCUCGAAGAGGCGCCUACCGUCGUUCUCCUUCGCCCGAGCGCAACUUUCGCGGCGCCAGAGAUCCUCCCAUGGGGAAUCGGGGUAGCGACGGCGAGACGGAGACAAUUCGCGUCAAGUCAUCGUUGGUUGGUCUAAUCAUUGGUCGCAACGGCGAGAAUCUGCGCAAAGUAGAGUCCGAGACUGGCGCGCGAGUACAAUUCAUUCAGACCAAGGACGCGCACACUGCCGAGCGACAAUGUACCAUCUCUGGCACGUUGCGCGCACGGGAGAACGCCAAGACUGCUAUAUUCACGAUCAUCGAGGAGAAUGGCGGCACACCCACACAGCCGGAGAAAGGUGGGUAUACUGCAGGCAUGGCUGGUAGAGCGAAGGUCAACCUUCCUGCGCUUCGCGAGGGCGAGGCCAGCACUCAGAUCAUGGUCCCAGAUAAGACCGUAGGUCUGAUCAUUGGCCGUGGCGGUGAGACUAUCAAGGACUUGCAGGAGCGGAGUGGUUGCCAUGUCAACAUCGUCGGAGAGAACAAGAGUGUCAAUGGUCUGCGUCCUGUUAAUCUGAUUGGAAGCGAGCGCGCCACAGCAUUGGCUAAAGAGCUCAUUCUCGAGAUCGUGGAGAGCGACAACCGUGGAGGCGGUACCCAGAGCGCUGCUCCACAAGGCCGUGACCGUGGCUACGACAACCCUAAUUUCAACACCCGCGGAGGCGGAGGUGGUGGCGCUGGUGGAAGCAGCGGUGGCCGAGACCAUAUCGAGAAAACCAUUCAAGUUCCGUCGGAGGCUGUCGGCAUGAUCAUAGGCAAGGGAGGAGAGACUAUCAAGGACAUGCAGCGCACCACAGGCUGCAAGAUCAACGUCAACCAGCCCAAACCGCCGGACCACCAUCGUAACAUCGACUUAGCAGGCACUGCUCGUAGUAUGCAGGAAGCCGAGCGGAUCAUCUGGGAGAAGGUUGAAACAGUGCGACAGCGUGACCAAGCAGCCGGGCGUAACCACGGCCAAGGACGUGAUCAAGGAGCAUCGCAGUACGAUGCAUACUCACAACAGCAGCAAGCGCCGCCUGCAGUGCCAGGCUACGGGCAAUUCAUGAAUGCUCCAGCGCCGCAGGUGCCGCCUCAGAUGCCAGCAUUCCAGAUGCCGGUGCAGCAGCAGGCCACACCCCAGCCCGGAGCGCAGCAGUCGAGUGAACAACAGCAGGCGCUCGCCCAGUGGUAUGCUCAAUGGUAUGCUUCUCAACAGCAACAGCAACAGCACCAAGGAGCGCCUGGAGCACAGUAA